CUGUCACCACGCACAUGGUGGCCGGCGCCGUGGCUGGGAUCCUGGAGCAUUGCGUGAUGUACCCGGUCGACUGCGUCAAGGUGAGACCUGGACCGGGCUGCGAACCCGACCUGGGGCUGACCCGACCCUGAGCCGUGUUUAGAGCCAGAAUCCCGACUGAGACCCAGAGCCGAUGGGUUCCUUCCUGGCUCCUACCUCUACGCACGAUUUGAACCGAUACUCCGUGCAAGCAAAGUCCUGGCUGGGAGUUGAGCUAAGUCAGGAACCAGGACUUAUUUCUAACGGUCAGUGAGAUCUGAAUCGAGACUCGGAGCAAAAAUCUUGUCAGCCAAAGACCUGAUCCCGCCUGGGACUAAGCAGGAAUGGGGUGGGAUGGGGGAUCCCGAAGCGCAGGUAAGUCUACAACUCGAUUAAGGUAAAACCAGCUGGCAUGGAAUCAGACCGUGAACUCGAUCUGAUGGCUUGGCUUCCUAUGUGCUUCGGGUCGGCGCUUUUACAAGCUCCUUGCUGCGUCUUCCCUUAAAAGUGACGGGGCAGGAACCGGAAUCUGGGAUCUCUCAGCUAGAUAAAAGUACGUAUUCAAUCUUAACCCGUGAGUGGUUGAAAAUCAUUGUGCAGUCAGAAGUGAGAGCUCCAGACUGGAAUGGAUAUGGGAAAGGGCAUGCUAAGGAAAAGGUUUCGGUUUCUCUGUGAAGCAAGAUUGAUAGCCUGUCUAUUUCCUGAACGUAAAAAUUGCGCUCACCCGUGCACAACAGAGCUGAAACUGAUAGUCUGUUUCUUUGGGCACCUGAAUUUGACAAAAAGGGAAACGGCCAGAGGGGAAGUGUGGCGAUGUUAGAAAGGAGAUGUCAACGUGGAGAAAAUAGAAUGAGAUUAUCAGGAUACGAUCGUUGUUGAACCUAAAGCCAAUUAGAUCCACAACCAAGCAGGAUGGUAAUGGACAUACAAGUCCGAAGAAGCCUGGGUGAAGAUGGAAACAGUUUUCUUUACUGUUCUUAGACUUUUACUGUGGUAGAGGUGCCAGCUACUAAAGGUGACAUCUAAACUGAAGGGGAAGUAACUUUGAGGGGGUUGUUGAGAUUGCUGAUGAGAACUGUGCUUUCUUGACAUUAGUGAAUACAGGCAAUACUCUGUCCAUUCUCUGAUGUGUGUUUCAUCAUCCACAACUUUAGCCCUGCAAAGAUCAGUUGAUUCUGCUUGCUUCUGGUUUCAGUACUAUCUUACAAUUUCAUUGGUACAGUGGGUGAGGAAAUAGGGAAAGUGCUCGUGCCGCGUUGUGGUGAGGAAGUGGAGAAAGUGCUCCCUGUGUCUCCGCGUUACAGGAUAACUCCUAACGAGCUGGACCCACUGAAAACUGUGCUUCCGUGCACCUGACUGAGACCCGGAUGCAGAGUCUACAGCCUGACCCAGCGGCCCGCUAUCGAAACGUGUUGGAGGCCCUCUGGAGAAUUAUAAGAACAGAGGGCCUGUGGAGGCCCAUGCGGGGGCUGAAUGUCACAGCAACAGGCGCGGGGCCUGCCCACGCCCUCUAUUUUGCCUGCUACGAAAAGUUAAAAAAGACAUUGAGUGAUGUAAUCCACCCAGGGGGCAAUAGCCAUAUUGCCAAUGGUGCAGCCGGAUGUGUGGCGACAUUACUUCACGAUGCAGCCAUGAAUCCAGCGGAAGUGGUCAAGCAGAGGAUGCAGAUGUACAACUCACCAUACCACCGAGUGACAGACUGUGUACGGGCAGUGUGGCAAAAUGAAGGGGCCGGGGCCUUUUACCGCAGCUACACGACUCAGCUGACCAUGAAUGUUCCCUUUCAAGCCAUUCACUUCAUGACCUAUGAGUUCCUGCAGGAGCACUUUAACCCCCAGAGACGGUACAACCCCAGCUCCCACGUGCUCUCCGGAGCCUGUGCAGGAGCAGUAGCUGCCGCUGCCACCACCCCACUGGACGUUUGCAAAACACUGCUCAACACCCAGGAAUCCCUGGCUUUGAACUCAAACAUUACAGGACACAUCACAGGCAUGGCUAGUGCCUUCAGGACGGUUUAUCAAGUAGGCGGGGUGACUGCCUACUUCCGAGGGGUGCAGGCCAGAGUAAUUUACCAGAUCCCCUCUACGGCCAUCGCAUGGUCUGUGUAUGAAUUCUUCAAAUACCUAAUCACAAAGCGACAAGAAGAGUGGAGGGAAGGCAAAUGAAGAAGGAACACCGAAUGGACCAGGGUCCCACAGCGCGGCUGCAUCCCGCCCCCUCCAGCACGUUCUGUGUCUCCUGGCACAACCCAGUCGCGAGUGGAGCCGGAAGAGAGGGAGAAGGCUCUCUCCAGGCUCUGGUUGGCUAACGCUAGUUCUCGCCACCAUCUGUCGCCACCAUCAUCUUUCCUCCUGGGCCCUCAGCAAGUUCAGCAAAGCCCACCGCAGUACCUCUGAUGACCUACAUCCUGGACCUGGCGACCUAUCUACUCUCGACAGCUGCAGAGGGAUAGCAGCACAUUCCCCUGGUUCCUAAUUAAAAAGAAAAAAGUCUUUAAGUGUUGUGUUGGGUUUGUCUUGCCAAAAGGGGCAUGCGAUGCUGUCAGCCGUCCUGACUUGAAGCGGAAGUCAAAGGGAGGGUUGCAUAUGUCUGGUUCUUAUUUCUGCUGACUUGAGAUGAUUUAGGAGUGCAACGCCCUACUUCCCUUGACCAAACAGUCUCCCAGAUGCCGUGCUGGGAACACUGGGUCAUUACCUGCUGCUCACACAGCAGGUGCCUCGUCCCACCCGUGCCUUUAGUCACCAGCAGGGCAGAGUUCCUGAUCUCUUGGUCUGGUUCCAGGUUCUGCCUGAGCCAUGAAAGUUUACACGUGGCACUUUGUUUCCUAAUGU